CAGAGUUGUGAAGUGGGAGGGAGAACGGUCUUACGCGAAACUUCUUCCCCGCCCAGUCCCAUAGGAUUCAACAACAUCCGGGCUGUGGGCGUUUUAACUUAGAUGAUUAACUCCACAACUAUCUUAUCAGCCUUCUUCCCGCUACAAAACAGCCGAAAGGCGCACGGUGCGCCAGGUACUAGGGCGCACAGGUUGGAAACGCAGCGCCAGUGCGGCACAGGGCAGCAGCACAAGACGGGGUCUACAGGCAACGUACAGCAGCUGGACAAGGAGAUAAGCUACGUAGUGAUGACUUCCCUGCAAACGAUCCUGCUUCUGACUUUGGUUUGUUCUGUAAUGUUCAUUUCCACGAGCCACGGAUUGUACCAUUUCCGGCCAGAGGACAGACGCGAUGAGACCCUGAGUGAUGAGAUCCCAGCGUAUGACGGCUUGUCUGACUGGGAUGAAAUGUUGUUGGAGAAAGAAAGACCAGAGCGGGACUCGACAGACUGGCUCACGCGGCUUUCAGACAACAGUCCUCCUCCGCUCAACCUGAAGGACCUGGUGGUGGGGAAGUCACGAAGGUUCUGGAAUACCCCGAUGGGCUCCAACAACAAGGGACAGCCGAUGGCCCUCAACCUGCAGACUAACUCCGGCAGACUGCCGCUGGGCGACUUGAUGAAGUCAAAAGGACCCAUGGGCCCGCUGACAUGGCUGACUGGUGGCAGUUCCAGGCCGAUGCCCGUGGGGAAGCUAUUAAAGGGAUUCAAAUGAGACCAUCUGACCGAUCGAAAGUGCAACUAAGCAGCCCACCAACCACAGAUUGCCUUGCAUCGCAGGAGACUCUACAUGCCGUAGAUGUAAUGUUACACCAGACUGGAGGACCCGCAACAGACCAUUUAAACUACUUCCUAAUAUAGACUCAUUCGAAAGUAACACCUCUUGUGAUCAUAGAUAUCGCGUUUAUAGCAGUACGACAGAGUUGUAACCAAAAAGAAUUUUGAUUUAGGAUACAGUUUGGUGAAGUUGAAACCAUCAAAGAUCAAACAUCUCGACUUGUGUUUUAAAAACCACUACAGUUCUUUACAUGUCGUCAUUGCAAGGGUCAAAAUCGUAAAUUUAAAGAAACCGCACUUGUAGUAUUAAUCGUGUUGUCGUUUUUCAUUGAAAACUUGACGCAUGACAAAUUCAAUCACAUGGGCCUGAAAUGAAUACAUAUAAGAAAGAAUAACAUUUGCGACGUCUCAACGUAACUUCCUUGGGGGCGUAAUAAAGCCAUUUAAACAUAGUCAGACAUGUUUGAUUAAAGGUGAUUGUGCAUCACACAACAUCAGAAAAAAUGUAUUCUCGUACAUAUUUCUGAUGUUUUUUGCCUAUUGAAUAGAUUAAAGCACAGGUAAUGGUAUAUGCGGGGGGAAGAAUGAUCAUAUCAUCUUGUGGUUCGUAUUUGUGAUGAUUCCCAAGAGUCCCAACUGUACGACGAUUUUGACAUUCUAAAUGAGACAUUUCCUAAAAAAAACACAGUAGCCAUGGGACUUUUGAUGAAUCAAGACUGAAACCAGUACUACUACUGUGCUUGAGCAAAGGCACUACCAGUCUAUAGGUUUGGUAUCCACAUAAAUGAAUAUGAGUUCUGUAGAUCGUAAUGUGUCGAAGAUUUGUUCAAAGACAGAUUUAUAUUGAUUAUUAGCCGGAAACAUACCAACUUGAAGUUAGAGUACAUCAGCGUGAAAAAGAUGGCACAGUGCGAUUGUAAAUGUAACUAUAGAAUGUAUAUGACACGAUAUGAUGCAAAAUAAAGAAGAUAUAAAUGAAGGAGAGCGGAGAUCUAGCCGUCCAUUUUGGGAUGAUAUGCUGGAAAUCUCAUACCGGACAUUGUGUUAAGAUGCUUUUCAGACUUUCCUCGUGUGUUUACAUGUCUUAUACAUGUAGGUAGUAGGAUUCGGUGCUUGGUGGGUCAUGUGACUGCAUAACACAUAUGUACAACUCAAUAACACAAUAAAGCAUUGCCGAACAUCUA